AUGGACAACAAACAAAUAGUUGGUGAAAUAAAAAGUGAAGAAAGCGCUGUAACUUCAAAAAAGUCAUCGGAAUGUCAACAUUUCGAUGUUCGAACGCUGCAAACGGUCACUGUAGUUUGGUUGGAUAAAUAUUUUGGCGAAAGCAACGAAGACUAUCAAAACUCCAUUGUACAACUCUACAGGAACAUAAAUAUAUUUACAGAUAAUGAUAAAUGUCUUGAAUUUAUUCGUGAUAUUGAUCAUACAAAUGUAUGUAUGAUUAUUUCUGGGUCAAUUGGAAAAAGUCUUGUACCAUGCGUACAUGAUAUCCAUCAGCUCGAUUCAAUUUAUGUCUAUUGCGACAACAAAGAACAUCAUGAACAAUGGACAAAGCAAUGGUCAAAGAUCAAAGGUGUUUUCUCAGAUAUCACAUCAAUUUGUGAAGCUCUUCGACAAAGAACUCGUCGAUGUCAACAAAAUGCUAUAUCGAUGAGUUUUAUUGGAUCAAAAAAAAGAUUGGAUCAACUCGAUCCAUCUUUUAUGUACACACAAAUCAUCAAAGAAAUUAUGUUGACUAUUCAUUUUGAAAACAAACAUAUCAAAGAGUUUAUUAACUAUUGUCCUGAUGUAUUCGGCACUAAUAAGAAAGAGCCAUAUGAUGUCGAACAAUUGUUACGCCAAUAUCAUAAAGAAUCACCUAUAUGGUGGUACACAAAUCCAAAUACUUGUUUGUAUUCCAUGCUUAAUUCUGCUUUGCGAUUGGUGGAUGGAAAUAUAAUUGUACGAAUGGGAUUUUUCAUUAAGGAGUUACAUCAACACAUCGAACAACUACACAAACAACAAUUUGGUACAAAUUAUGAUGGGGAAAUAUUUACAUGUUAUCGUGGUCAAGGUCUAUCAAAAAGAGAUUUUGAUGAAAUGACGAAAUCGAAAGGUGGAUUAAUGUCAUUUAAUAGCUUUUUAUCUACAAGUAGAGAACAUGAUGUCUCUUUGUUCUUUGCCGAAAGUAAUCUCGAGAAUCCAGAUUUAAUCGCGGUUCUUUUUGUUAUAAACAUCGAUUCAAAACAAUCGACAGUACCAUUUGCUUCGAUUCGUGGUAUAAGUACUAUUCCGGACGAAGAUGAACUAUUGUUCUCAAUGCACAGUGUAUUUCAUAUCGAUGAUAUCAAACAAAUGAAUGAAAAUAACAGAUUCUACGAAGUGGGCUUAACAUUGACUGGUGACAACGAUAAAGAAUUGAAUGCACUUACUGAACAGGUUCGAGCAGACAUCCCUAUAGGAACAAAUGGAUGGCACAGAUUGGGUUUCGUACUAAUGCAAUUGCAUCAAAAUGAGAUGGCUGAAGAGAUUUAUAAAAUGCUACUUGGGGAACGAAAAACGCAUGAUGAAAAGGCACUGAUCUAUAAUAUACUUGGUUCAAUCAAAAAGAAUCAAGGAGAAACUGAAGGGGCAAUUGAAUAUUAUGAAAAGUCUAUUGCAAUCAGUCAGCAAUCACUUCCUCCUUUUAAUCCUUAUUUGGCUUCAUCAUAUAAUAACAUUUCUAGUGAGUAUGCUCGAAUGAACCUCUAUCCGAAAGCACUUUCCUAUUGUGAAAAAGCCCUUGCAAUCUGGAAACUAUAUCUUGACCCGAAUGAUCCUGCUAUAGCUGCAGCAUACCAUAACAUCGGUUGGUUGUAUGUUCAUAUGGAUAGAUAUUCAGAAGCACUCUCAUUUUUUGAAAAAGCUGUUGCAAUUCAAGCAAAAUCACUUCCUCUAAAUCAUCCUGACUUAGCCGCAACUUACAGCAACAUCGGCACCGUACAUAAAAAAUGGGUAACUACCCACAUGCACUUUUGUUCUAUGAAAAAAGUCUUGAAAUUCAACAAAAAUCACUUCUUUCCACGCAUCCUGAUAUAG